UGGAGAUUCGAUCUCACUUCUCACAAUCCUUCACCCUCUCCGGCUCCGAUACCAUUCACGUUCUCCGGCAGCUCUGGUCAUCGCCGCCAGUACGGUUUCUACCUUAAUACUGAAACUGUGACGUAGUCUCCGGUAAUGGAAGAGAUGAGGAAAGAGAUAGACGUUGGUGAUUGGCAUUCAAAUCUCGCUCACGAUGAAUGGACACCACUCCCUGUUUCGGGCACUCGAGCUUCAGCUCGCUACAAGCAUGCGGCAGUGGUUGUUGAUGAAAAGCUCUACAUUGUUGGUGGAAGCCGUAAUGGCCGAUACUUAUCCGAUGUCCAGGUGUUUGAUCUUAGAAGUUUGACUUGGUCUACUUUGAAACUGAAAACUGAAUCAUCAAGUGCUGAAAACAUUCAAGAGGAUGAUGGUAGUAGCUUACGGGAAGCUUUUCCUGCUGUUUCAGACCAUCGCAUGAUUAAGUGGGGAAACAAGCUUCUUCUGAUCGGGGGACACUCCAAGAAGUCAUCAGAUAACAUGUCAGUGCGGUUCAUUGAUUUGGAAACACAUUUAUGUGGUGUCGUUGAUGCUUCGGGAAAUGUUCCGGUAUCACGUGGUGGACAUUCCAUUACACUGGUUGGGUCCCGACUUUUUGUUUUUGGUGGCGAAGAUAAGAACAGAAGACUGCUGAAUGAUCUGCAUGUUCUUGAUCUUGAGACAAUGACUUGGGAUGUGGUGGAGACGACACAGACACGCCCAGUUCCCAGAUUUGAUCACACAGCUGCCACACAUUCUGAUCGUUACCUCGUGAUUUUUGGUGGUUGUUCUCAUUCAAUCUUCUACAGUGAUCUUCAUAUCCUUGACUUGCAAACAAUGGAGUGGUCACAGCCUCAUGUUCAGGGCGAUGUUGUAACUCCUCGAGCAGGACACGCUGGAAUAACAAUUGACGAAAAUUGGUAUAUAGUCGGGGGCGGUGACAAUAGUACCGGUUGUUUAGAGACCCUUGUUCUAAAUAUGUCAAAGCUGGUUUGGUCUACAUCAACCAAUGUAGAAGCAAGACAUCCACUUGCUAGUGAGGGUCUCAGUGUAUGCUCAGCAUCAGUAUUUGGAGAGAACAUUUUAGUAGCUUUUGGCGGUUAUAACGGGAAGUAUAACAAUGAUAUAUUUGUCAUGAGACUAAAAGCAAGAGAAUCCUCACAUCCCAAGAUUUUCAAGUCACCAGCAGCCGCUGCAGCUGCAGCCUCUGUCACCGCUGCUUAUGCCAUAGCCAAGUCAGAUAAGUCGGACUAUCCUCCACCUGCAAAUCCAACUCUCAAUGGAAUUGGAACCAGUAUUCCUGAGAGCGAUAUUAGGAACAGAAUUGAUGCAAUAAAAGAAGAAAAAAGAACAUUGGAGUCAUCUGUUGCAGAAACCCAAGUAGAAAACGUGAAGCUCAGGGAAAAGAUAGAUGAAGUCAAUAGCAGUCACACUGAACUAUCUCAAGAACUCCAAUCUGUACAAGGUCAACUUAUUUCAGAACGAUCAAGAUGCUUUAAACUCGAGGCACAAAUAGCGGAAUUGCAGAAAGCAUUGGAGUCAGGGCAAUCCAUUGAAGCUGAAGUUGAGAUGCUUAGAAGACAAAAGUCAGCAUCUGAUGAAGGAGAAGAUGGGACUACCGUGCAAAGGCAAGGCUCUGGUGGUGGUGUGUGGGGUUUAUUUGGAAGGUAAGUUCCAAACAAUAUAGCUACACAAUUACAUAAGCUUUGAAGAAGCUCAGUAAUGAAUCCGACAAGACAGAGAAUCAGACAUUGUUUUAUAAUACUAUUUUUGAGAGUGAGAGGUAGUGUUGGGAAUAUGCUUUUUCAAAGAUUCAAUACAACAAAUUUGUUUGUUAUGAAUGCUUUUUUCCCCCUUAUUGGAGAAUUUCACAACUUUUAUUU